UCAUUGGGUUACAAAAUCACAACAUGUCCCUAUUUAUUUCUCACAACUUUUUUGCAAAAACCUUUCAUUUUCACCUUCAUUUUCAAAAUUUUCUCACAACAAUUUUACUAAUUUCCUCCUCCAACAAUCUCGGCACAAAUGCACAAUUUCUCAUGUCCAAAUUUCCCAACAUUUUCUGCUCAAACUUUGGUUGUUUACUAAUCAGAUACUGAAUCCACAAAUUUCCGUGUCCUUAAGUCACUACCUUUUACCUUUCUCUUUGCUUAUAAUGGAGAAAUUUCCACUCUUUUUUUGAAAUUAUGGGAAAAUUCAACUGUUUUUUCAUGGGUUUAAUCCCGAAAAUCCGGCCUUUCUCUUGCUGAAUUGUGCUUGAUAAAACAUGUUUGUUAGAAAUUCCAACUGGGGUUUUCUCUGGAGUUUAAUUGUUCAUGCUUUUGGGUUCAUUUUCCGGUACUUUUUGCGGUUUUUUGAUGUGAAAUCUGUGGGAAAUGUUUUAAUUUUGGAUGAUUUUGGUGCAAAAUCUGAUAUGGGUAUUGUCGAAAAUUGCGAGAAAAUGGGAUUUGAGCAAAUUAGUGAGGAGAUUGAGGUUCCCAAAUUGGAGUCUGAGGUGGGAAACGUUUGCAAUUCUAGCACAAGUAAGUAUCAGUUUAUUACUGGGAAUAGUGUUUGUGCAUAUAUAGAAGAGCCUCAAAUUAUGAACUUUACUGUCCAACAAAUGUUUGUGAUUUCCCAUGAUGAGUCACACUCUUCUCCCCUUAGGCAAGAAUCUCUUGAUAAAGAUGAUAGUUCUUUCGAUGUCGAUUUUCGUGGAUUUUCAGUCGAUUUUGAUGAUAACAUUAUUAGCCAUGAUUUAGGAGUUGUUAAUUUUUGUUCAUUUGAACAUGAUGAUUGUGGUGAGUUGAGUGAAGAAGAGGAGGAGGAGGUUGUGGAAAAGGGGGAAACAGAGUGUUCUGUUUUAAUACAGGGGAAAACAGAGGGCUCUGUUUGUGAUCUUAGUUAUGAAGAGCAAAAAUUAUUAAGUUUUGAUCAUGACGAAAUCAUUGAAAAAGAAGAGAUUGAUGUGGAGAAAAUGGACAAAAUUGUGGAAAAGAAUGAAAUUUUCGAUGAAAUUCGUCCAUCAGUAUCAGAUAGUGAUGAUUUUUGGGCUAGCAUUUACACUUAUGAUGGGUUUUUAGGUAGUAGCAAUGAGAAGUUUGAUUCUGAAUUUGAUGAUUUAUUGUUUGAUAAAAGUUCUAUCGAGGCAUUAGACCCUGCAACUCCAAUUGGUAUUGGUGAUAUAAGGGUGGAUUAUGAUCAAGAUAGUCCAAGUUCAACAGAUGAUUUUAAAAUUGAUCAUGCCAAUUCUGAAUUAUUAGAUGAUGUUGAUAUCGGAAUUGAGCAUGAAGGUGUCGAAUCUUCUUACAUUGAACUCGACCUUCAAUCAUAUUGUUCAAGUAACAAUGUUAAAGAGCAAGUGGCAAAGGAUGAUGAGUAUUCGGAUUCUGAGGAUGACGAGUUUGAUGAAGAAAGGUUGAACUUAAAUGACUUGAAAGAGUUGGAUGGUACAAAGAAUUGUGAGGUAGAUGAACAAAUGGGAACAGAUGUUCUAUUGGAACAAAAGGAAUUGAUCCGGCAAAUGAAAAAGGAAAUGAGACAAUUGAAGAUCAGUGGACUUCCCACUAUAUUAGAAGAAUCUGAGUCUCCUAGAGUGGAAGAAGAUUUGAGGCCAUUGAGGAUUGAUGAAAGAAUCGGGCAUAAAGAUCGAAUGGACGAAAUCCAAACCUUCUAUAGGAGGUACUUGGACAAGAUGAGGAAAUUGGACAUUUUGAGUCAACAAACAAUGUAUUCAAUUGGUCUUCUUCAGUUGAAAAACCAAGAUUUGGCCUUAAACAAAAAGGUAUCAGUUCCAGUAGUAAAGUCCCUUCUAGCUCAAAACUUUUGGUCAAACAAGCUAAGAAAGCAUGAUCCAGUUCAGAAGUUAAUUAGAGAUUUGCAAAGGGACUUGGAAUUGGUGUAUGUUGGUCAGCUUUGCUUAUCAUGGGAGAUGUUGAAAUGGCAACAUCAUAAAGCCGAAGAGUUGCAGGCUCAUGAUCCUGAUGGUUUCCGUCAGCAUAACCAAGUUGCCGGUGAAUAUCAGAAGUUUCAAGUGCUCUUGCAGAGGUUCACCGAGGAUGAGCCCUUUCAUCAAGGUCCCCGAGUUCAGCAUUUUGUCAAGAGCCGUUGUAGUCUUCCUUCUCUUCUUCAAGUUCCCCUUAUAAAAGAUGAUCCAAAGAGCGAAUGGAGAAGAAAUGGGGAGUGUGGAAUUUCAGUGAAAAUGUUGAAGGAUACAAUUGGGACAUCAAUGAACGUGUUUUGGGAUUUUCUACAUGCUGAUAAAGAUGAAGUCUGUGCUAGUGCUAUAACUCUGAUGGGAAUUCACGGAGUUCAGGUCAUUCUGCAAGAUCCUUCAGACGCAGACUUGCUAACAGAAAUCCGGUCUAGUCUCCAAAAGAAAGAGAAGAGGCUGAAAGACCUAGUAAGAAGUGGUAAUUGCUUAGUGAAGAAGUUCAAGAAGCAUCAAGAUCAGAGACUAAGCCAUGAAACACUCGUAGCACAGGUAGAACUCCGGCUGGUGUCAAGGGUGUUGAGUAUGCCGAAAUUGAGUAGUGAUCAACUGUUAUGGUGCCAUAAGAAAUUGAACAAGAUUGAUAUCAUUGGUAGGAAGAUUUACCUAGAACACUCAUUUUUACUCUUCCCUUGCUAAAUUAAUUGUCGUUUUGGAUGAUCUGUAAACAGUAGGAGUAAUACUAAUAUAACAGCUUUACCUGAUGCAAAGAAUAGGGAUUACAGCAGUGUACAAAAAAUAAUAUCAUGGACCAAGGAUGUAUUAUGUGUUCCUUGGGUUUAAUUUUACUGCUUAGAUAAUUAGGGGAAUGAAUUUUGUAUCAUGUAUAAUAAUUAUAGGGAAACUAAGUAACCAAAGAUGACCUUGCUGUA